AUGGCGGCGGGCGGCGCUGAGGGCGGCUCGGGCCCCGGGGCCGCCAUGGGGGACUGCGCGGAGAUCAAGUCGCAGUUUCGCACCCGCGAGGGCUUCUACAAGCUGCUCCCCGGGGACGGCGCGGCUCGCAGGUCCGGGCCGCCCUCCGCCCAGACCCCGGCGCCGCCGCAGCCGCCGCAGCCCCCGCCCGGCCCGGCCUCGGCCGCCUCCGGCCCCGGCGCCGCGGGCCCCGCGUCGUCCCCGCCGCCACCAGCGGGGCCUGGGCCGGGGCCCGCCGCUCUGCCCGCCGUGCGCCUCAGCCUCGUGCGCCUCGGGGAGCCCGACGGCGGCGCCGGGGCCGGGGAGCCGCCCGCCACGCCCGCGGGGCUGGGCGCCGGGGGAGACCGCGUCUGCUUCAAUCUGGGCCGCGAGCUCUAUUUCUACCCGGGCUGCUGCCGCCGCGGGAGUCAGCGGUCCAUCGACCUCAACAAGCCCAUCGACAAGCGCAUCUACAAGGGCACCCAGCCCACCUGCCAUGAUUUCAACCAGUUCACUGCGGCCACCGAGAGCAUCUCCCUGCUUGUGGGCUUUUCAGCCGGCCAAGUGCAGUACCUGGAUCUCAUCAAGAAGGAUACCAGCAAGCUGUUUAAUGAGGAGCGGCUGAUCGACAAGACCAAGGUGACCUACCUGAAGUGGCUGCCUGAGUCGGAGAGCCUGUUCUUGGCCUCCCACGCCAGCGGCCACCUGUAUCUCUACCACGUGAGCCACCCGUGCGCCUCGGCGCCGCCACAGUACAGCCUGCUAAAGCAGGGCGAGGGCUUCGCCGUCUACGCUGCCAAGAGCAAAGCACCCCGCAACCCGCUGGCCAAGUGGGCCGUGGGCGAGGGGCCCCUCAACGAGUUUGCCUUCUCACCCGACGGCCGGCACCUGGCCUGUGUCAGCCAGGACGGUUGCCUGCGAGUCUUCCACUUCGACUCCAUGCUCCUGCGCGGCCUCAUGAAAAGCUACUUUGGGGGCCUGCUGUGUGUGUGCUGGAGCCCCGACGGCCGUUACGUGGUCACCGGGGGCGAAGAUGACCUAGUCACUGUGUGGUCCUUCGCCGAGGGCCGCGUGGUAGCCCGUGGCCAUGGCCAUAAGUCGUGGGUCAACGCGGUCGCCUUUGACCCCUACACCACGCGUGCAGAAGAGGCUGCGGCCACUGGCGGCGACGGAGAGCAGAGUGGCGAGGAGGAGGAGGAAACCGAGGGCGGGGGCGCCCCCCUCUCGCCACUGCCCAAGGCUGGCUCCAUCACCUACCGCUUUGGCUCAGCGGGCCAGGACACGCAGUUCUGCCUGUGGGACCUCACAGAGGAUGUGCUAUACCCACACCCACCCCUGGCCCGCACCCGCACUCUGCCUGGCACCCCCGGCACCACACCGCCUGCUACCAGCAGCUCUCGGGGUGGUGAGCCCGGCCCAGGGCCCCUGCCCCGCUCGCUCUCCCGCUCCAACAGCCUGCCGCACCCGGCAGGCGGGGGCAAGGCGGGUGGCCCAGGCACGGCAGCAGUGGCCGCCACGGCAGAGCCCGGCACGCCAUUCGGCAUCGGCCGCUUCGCCACGCUCACGCUGCAGGAGCGGCGGGACCGCGGGGCCGAGAAGGAGCACAAGCGCUACCACAGCCUGGGCAACAUCAGCCGUGGGGGCGGUGGCAGCAGCGGAGACAAGCCCAGCGGCCCCGCCCCCCGUAGCCGCUUGGACCCUGCCAAGGUGCUGGGCACCGCGCUGUGCCCGCGCAUCCACGAGGUGCCGCUGCUCGAGCCUUUGGUGUGCAAGAAGAUCGCCCAGGAGCGGCUGACGGUGCUGCUGUUCUUGGAGGACUGCAUCAUCACCGCGUGCCAGGAGGGCCUCAUCUGCACCUGGGCGCGGCCCGGCAAGGCUUUCACAGACGAGGAGACCGAGGCCCAGAGAGGGGAAGGAAGUUGGCCCAGGUCACCCAACAAGUCAGUGGUAGAGGGCAUCUCCUCCCAGCCAGGCAACUCCCCAAGUGGCACAGUGGUGUGAAGUCCUGGAUAGUGGGGGUCCCCACCCUGCGCCCCAGCCUCCUAGCCAUAACCCUUUCAUUGAGCCCACGGAUGACUGCAUUAACAAGACUAACCAUGACAUGGACUUGUGCGGCUCUCCCCGCCUGGCCCACGCUCGGGGCGGGGUGGGGCUGAGACGGAGCGUGGCAGCCCCUGUGGCCUCCCCACCCACUGCCAAGUACAAUGACCCCUUCCUCUGGAACGCCAGUGUUACCCCGCACCCCUGUCCCCAGCAUGUGACUGGUCACUCCUGGGCGCGGCAGGGAGAAAUCCCCGGCUCAGAAGAGCCCCAGCUCCACAGUGCUGAGAGCACAGGCCGGGAGAGCCCCUCGCCCAGCCCCCCUCCACCCCUGCUCUUGUCUGUGUUCUGGAGAGUAUUAAGUUAUGGGAGCCCCUCGGGGUUCCCCCCACCCCCAUGUCCAGGACCUUGUAUUUAUACUAAAGUUUCAGU